AAGAAGAAGAAGAAGAAGGUGACGGUUUGAAAGAUGGCGGCGCAAACGCAGAAGAACAACAACAAACCGGGGAAACCUGGCGGAAAAGAGGCUCAGCCGCUCAUAAUCGCCAAGACUCCGGCGGAGGAGCAGCGUCUGAAGCUGGAGAGGUUGAUGCGGAACCCGGAUAAGAUGGCUCCCAUCCCGGACCGGCCGAAGGAGUGGAACCCGCGGGCUCCGCCGGAGUUCGUCCGGGACGUGAUGGGCUCCAGCGCCGGGGCGGGCAGCGGAGAGUUCCACGUUUACCGGCACCUCCGCCGCAGGGAGUACCAGCGGCAGGACUUUCUGGACAAGAUGGCAGAGAAGCAGGACAAGGACCUGGACUAUCUGGACAAAGUGGAGCAGAACAAACAGAAGGCGGAGGAGAGGACGGCCAAGCGCAGGAAGAAGCGGGACAAGCUGAAGCAGAAGAAGCUGCAGGCGAAGAAAGCGAAGCUGGAGGCCAAAAACAAGGAGGAGGAGGACGGAGGGAAGAGUUCAGAGAGCAGCGAGGAGGAGAAGGAGGAGGAAGAGGACGAGAGAGAGGCUGAGGAUGAUGCCGAGGCUCCCAGCUUCAUCAUGGGGAGGAAAUGAAGCUCUGAGUGAGGGACUAGUUUCUGUUUCAUGCUUCUGUAAUGAACAUCAGCAUCGCAUGGAAGCUUAAAGAAGAGUCUUGUACACAAGAAAACAGAACUGAUCUGCAGCACGGAUUAAAAAACACCAGUGGGCCCUGUUUUAUCUUUAUCACCAGAGAAGAAACGUGGACACUGACUUAUUUAAAGUGCAUUGUUUUAGACACAUUUCAGCUUCCCAGUGUGAUUCUUCUUUAUGUUUUACAAAAUCGAACAUAGAAAUUAUUGUUAAAGGCAAAUGUCAGCUUGUGGUCAGGGAUAUCUUGAGUUUGCUAAAACAAAACAAAAAAAAAUAGACUAAACUACAAUUGUUUGAUUGGGAAUCGUCUAUAUUUUAAUAUUGUCAAUGUUUUAAUAAAAAGCAAAAGUGGAUAAAUCA